UUAGGGUUCUAGUACAAGAAUGGCCAUGGUAGCGCGCAUUUGGUCUUCAUCUCUAUUUCCAAAGGCGCUGUCCAAGAAAUCGGCGAGAUCUUGCUCGCAAAUGGCGUCGUCCCAGCAAGAGCAUUGCUCCACCAAGCAGUCGUCGCUACUCCCUGGCUGCGCGGAUUCCAAUGGCACCUCGCUCUUUGCAAAAAUGUUCGCUACAACAGCUGGAGCUGGAAACUAUCGGAGUCUUCCGGCACAAACUAGUACAGGCGAUUUAACCGUCUCGUCCCUCGGACUAGGAACAUACCUCGGUCCAGAGACCGAUGUCGCCGAUGAAGAGUACAAAAACGCUGUUUUGCGUGCUCUGGCGCUCGGGAUCAAUGUGCUUGACUCAGCGAUAAACUACAGGAACAUGAGGAGCGAGAGAGCCAUAGGACUCGCUCUUGCUGAGGCCGUGUCCCGGGGAGUGGUAAAGAGAAACCAAGUCGUGGUUUGUACCAAGGGUGGCUUCUUAAGCUUUGAUACAAUCCGUCCUCCAAAUCCUCGGGGCUGGAUCGAAGAAAAUUAUGUCCGGCCUGGUAUUUUUGCGUGGGAGGACUUCGUGGCUGGCUGUCACUGCAUGAAACCAGAAUACAUCAAGAAUCAGCUAGACAAGAGUCGAGCCAAUCUGGGCUUAGAAACCAUUGACGUUUACUACAUCCACAAUCCAGAAACUCAGCUCGGGGAGGUGUCCCGUGAAGAGUUUUACAAGCGGAUCAAGGCUGCGUUUACGGUGCUGGAAGAAGCUUGUAACGAAGGCAAGGUUGGGAUCUAUGGGAUCGCAACAUGGAAUGGAUUUCGAGUUCCACCCGAGUCGAAGGGCCACCUUUCACUGGAAGAACUAGUUCGCGCUGCGUAUGAAGCUGGAGGAGAAAGACACCACUUUAAGAUCCUUCAGCUCCCAUACAACAUGGCGCUUCAGGAAGCAGCGAAUAGCCAAACGCAGCUCGUGCAAGGGAUCAAAAUGACAUUGUUGCAAGCCGCGAAAGAGCUUGGUAUCUCAGUCGCGACUUCAGCAUCGCUGAUGCAGGCAAAGCUUUGUAACUCUAUCCCGGCCGAGGUCCUCAAAGAAUUCUCCCAAGGUGACAAGACGCUCACUGGCGCUCAGUGUGCCUUACAGUUCGUGCGAACCACGCCAAACGUUCUUGUAGCACUCGCGGGCAUGCGCAGAGUAGAGCACGUCGAAGAGAACGCCAAGCUCAUCGAGCUUUCGGCGGAGCCCAGCACACUUCACAAUUGAAAACACCAUGUCUUCGGUAUGUCUUGAACCGGAAUUAUAUUUCUAUCGCAAGCUAUAGCGUGGAGACAUUAACUUUGAUACCAUUCACCAUUGCUAACA